AUGUCUCAUUAGGGAGACUUCCCUUUACUUUCUGUCAAGACUCAACAGAAAGGGAGAUUAUAACUUUUCAAUGUGAGGGAAAUCGCACCUUUGACAGUUGUCAUGGGAAUAAGUGUGCCCAAAAGAGGUUUUCUCCUCUAUUACUAUUCUGUUGAAAACUGAAAAUUUUUAAUUUACCCCUUGCUUUCAUCCAGGGGUGAACUGACAACUCAUGGGGCCCCCGGGCAAUAGGGAUCAUGGGGCCCCGGUGUCCUUGCCCAAACUUAAAAAAGCCUAUGAAAAAGGUAUCAGGGGCAUCUCAUGGGGCCCCCUACUGACCCCAGGCCCUUGGGCAGUGCCCGAGUUUCCAAAUGGUCAGUCAGCCCCUGAUUGGAGCACGCCC